UAGCUGUGUAAUAUAAGAGAACACGAAACACUCCUCCAGUGCCUUGACAGUCAUUUUGUCUUCAUCUGUAUUGGUGCUUUCUCUCUUUCCCACAGAAAGAUUGGUGUAUCAGAGAGCCAAUGACUCGAUGGCUGCUGUAACUCAGUAACUUGGUGUCAUCGCACCCUGAAGAGAGGAGAAAAUGGACGGGCAGAAAGACUUCAGAAUGCUGGGUCAACUUCUCAGAAGGAUUGCACCCAUGGAGCGGCUGCUGCUGGUCCUGGCUCUGUUCUCCAUGCCGUCCCACGCCAUGCUGUGUCCCAAACGCUGCACCUGCCAGAACCUGCUGCCCUCCUACACCGUCCUGUGUGCCAAAACCGGCCUGCUCUUCGUCCCACCCAACAUCGACCGGCAGACCGCCGAGCUGCGACUGAUGGACAACUUCAUCACCACCCUGCGCCACCGAGACUUCGCUAACAUGAGCAGUCUCAUACACCUCACGCUCUCCCGAAACACCAUCAGCCAGAUCCAACCGUACGCCUUCGCCGACCUGCAGGAUCUGCACGCGCUACAUCUCGACGCAAACCGGCUCACGGCGCUGGACGACACACAUUUACAGGGGCUGGUGAAUCUACGACACCUUAUCCUCGCAAACAACCAGCUUCACAGCAUCUCGGAAGGAGCCUUUCAAGACUUCCUAGAAACUCUUGAAGAUCUCGAUCUUUCUUAUAACAAUCUGGUGGAUUUGCCGUGGGACACUAUAUCUAUGCUAUCCAGCGUUAACACUCUUAGUUUGGAUCACAAUCUCAUCGACUUCGUGCCUGAAGGGAUAUUUUCAAAUCUUCACAAAUUGGCUAGACUGGAUAUGACGUCCAACAAGCUGAAGAAGAUCCCGCCGGAUCCUCUGUUCCUACGCAUCCCGGUCUACGCGAAAACAAAAGGCUCGCCGCUAACCGCGCUAGUGCUCAGUUUCGGCGGGAACCCGUUGCAUUGUAAUUGCGAGCUGGUUUGGCUUCGACGCCUGACGCGGGAGGACGAUCUGGAGACGUGCGCGUCCCCGCGAGAGCUAGCGGGGAAAUACUUCUGGACGAUUCGCGAGGAGGAGUUCGUGUGCGAGCCGCCCAUGAUCACUCGGCACACGUCGAAGAUGUUCGUGAUGGAAGGUCAAGAGGUUAGUUUGCGAUGCCGCUCCGUCGGAGACCCCGAGCCGACCGUUCACUGGGUCAGUCCUGACGGCAAGCUAAUCGGGAACACCUCGCGCACCGUGUGCUACGAUAACGGCUCUCUGGAUAUCUUGACGGCUACGGUGAAAGACUCCGGCGUGUUCACAUGCAUCGCGUCCAACGCUGCCGGAGAGGCUACGGCUCCGGUGGAAUUAGUCGUGAACCCUUCGCCGCAUUACGACCCCAAACUGGAGCCUGAACCGGGACCCUCGGACAUGCCGACAUCCAUAAAGUCCAACAGUAGUGGAAGUGGAGGCCAGUCUCGAGCUGAUCAGCGGGUCAGUGUCUCAGAAAUAACCUCAAGCUCAGUGAUGAUCCGCUGGCCUCCUCAAAGCCACAUCCCUGGAGUUCGCAUGUACCAGAUCCAGUACAACAGCUCCACCGAUGACAUCCUCAUAUACAGGAUGAUCCCCGCCUCUCAUAAGUUGUUCACCCUGAGUGAUCUGGCCUCGUCCCGGGACUACGAGCUCUGUGUCCUGGCGGUCUACGACGACGGCAUCACGUCUCUCACCGGCACGCGAUUGGUCGGUUGCGUGUCCUUCGCCACUGAGCGCGAGUUUCGCCACUGCCGCUCCAUCCAUGACCAGUUCCUCGGCGGCACCAUGAUCAUCGUCAUCGGCGGGAUCAUCGUGGCCUCGGUCCUCGUCUUCAUCUUCAUCCUGCUGAUGAAGUAUAAACUGCACAGUCAGCACUACAAGCAGAAGGCGGCCCGCGUCAGUAACGUUUGUUCUCAGACCAACGGAGGCCAGCAGGGGGCGUCAUCGGGCCCUCCUCCCAGAUCCUCGUCCUCCUCGGGAUCCGCCAACAAGCCCUCCGUCCCGCUCGGGUCGGACCGACAAGACGGGCCACACGGCCUGGACGGGGGUUACGGGGCGCUGAAAGGAACCACGGUUGUGGACUUGAACCCGGACUACGGGAAAUCCGUAAAAGAUGACGACUCCAUAUCGCAAUAACACAGGGUUCAAUCCCGCCUCCCUUCCCAUUCUCUUCACACCUCAACCCAUUCAGUUUUGUUUUCCAUUGCCACGUCUUACUGAGGAUUUCUCCUGUCCAAGGCAAACUCGCAGUCUGGAAGCUAAACGCAGAAUGCCAGAUUAAAUGGGAUUGGAUCCAAUCUAUUAGCUGUGGUCGGAAGGCAAACACAACAGGCUCUCCCUGUUCAAUACUUUAUGCAAGACUCUCCAG